UCCGAUUGGCUCCUUCUUUGUUUGACACUGAAAUAGACCAAUUGCUGGCUUUAGCCGACGGCACAUGUUUGUGACUUUAUACCGAGUUACUCCAGCAAACCGUCGCUGGUUUGAGAGGAGUUGGAACUCAGGGGUGCAGAAUUAAUGACGAUGUCCCGGGAACAGCUGGCUGUACAGCGGGCCAGGCGCUCCUUCCAGACCGGCAGAACCAGACCUCUGGACUUCAGAAUCCAGCAGCUGAGGAGGCUGCAGAGCUUCAUCAAGGAGAGACAGAGGAACAUUAAAGAUGCUCUGCAGACGGACCUCGGCAAGAGUGAACGUGCAUCUGAGCUGUAUGAGAUACUGGUCGUGGAGGCAGAGCUUCACCUGUCAAUAACGAGGCUUGCAGAGUGGGCGGCUCCUCGGCCUGUGGAGAAAAACCUCUUCACGCUAUUGGAUGAGGUCUACGUCAAGCCAGAGCCUCUGGGAGUGGUUCUCAUCAUUGGACCCUGGAACUAUCCCUGGUCUCUCACCUUGCUGCCACUAGUUGGAGCUAUUGCAGCAGGUAAUGCAGCUAUACUAAAACCAUCUGAGAUCAGCUCGAACUCCUCAAAGGUCAUUGAGGAAUUUCUACCCCUCUACUUAGACCAGGAUUUGUACCAAGUGGUGGAAGGUGGUGUGCCAGAGGCCCAGGAGCUGCUGAAGCAGAGAUUUGAUCACAUCUUCUACACAGGAAGUACUGCAGUAGGCAAACUGGUGAUGGAAGCUGCAGCUCGCCACCUCACCCCUGUGACCCUGGAGCUCGGGGGGAAGAGCCCCUGCUACAUCGACAAGAACUGUGAUGUUGGCAUUGCAUGUCGCCGCAUCACAUGGGCAAAGCUUAUCAACUGUGGUCAGACAUGCAUUGCUCCGGAUUUUAUUCUGUGUGAACCUUCUGUCCUGAACAGAGUAGUGGAAGAGAUCAAGAAGUGCAUUAAGGAGUUUUACGCAGACAGCACAAAGACCAGUGAUGACUAUGGCCGCAUCAUUAACCAGCGUCAGUUUAAGAGGAUCAUGGGUCUCAUGGAGGGGUGCACUAUUGCGUUUGGUGGAGAUGCUGAUGAAGCCCAGGGCUACAUAGGUCCCACGGUGUUAAAGAAUGUAACGGGUGAAUCCAAAGUGAUGCAGGAAGAGAUUUUUGGACCACUUCUGCCCAUCAUCACUGUGAACAGUGUGGAUGAGGCCAUCCAUUUCAUCAAUGAGAGAGAAAAGCCGUUAGUUCUCUAUGUGUUUUCCAAUGAUAACAAGCUGAUCAAAAAAGUGAUAGCUGAGACUUCAAGUGGAGCCCUGGUGGCCAAUGACUGUGUCGUUCACUUCCUGGACAGUGCUCUGCCAUUUGGAGGAGUUGGUCACAGCGGUAUGGGAAGGUACCGUGGCCGCCACACCUUUGACCAGCUCAGCAACCUUCGUAGCUGCAUGAUCAAACAGCUCAGAAUGGAGGGGCUGAACAGCAUGCGAUACCCCCCACACACUGCCAAGAAGCUGAGCUGGGCUCGCCGCUUCGUGCUCUCACGCCUUAAUGUGCAGAGGCUGCGCAACAUGGUGAUGUUUGCAAUGCUGGCUAGCCUUGCAGCAUUUGUGGUCCAGAGGUUCCUGCGCUGAAGCGGAUCAGUUGAUGCUGGUUUUCUGAAGUCGGAUCCUAUCCUGGUCCAACGUGGAAUUACUACCAAUACUUGUCCAUGGCACAUUUCACAUUUAUACCAAUGUGUCGUACUGAUUUGUGAUUUAAUUAGGCUGUUAUUGAAGUCGUAAUCAUCUUAGAUCUGUUUUAUAUAAAGAAUGUUAUGUUCUGUUAAUGUUAAUAUGAUUUUUCAGUUUACUUUUCUAUAUGAUCUGAGAUGGUGAUUUGUUUAACUGUAGAGACAACACAUUCACAGGACAAUACAUUAGCUUGUUCUUAAUCCCUGUCUCUAGUAGUUCUGGCUGUUGCUCACAUUGCACUGUUGCUCUUCUGUUAUUAAACGAAAAACCUAUUUACGCAAAA